UCGCAUACAAACCUUCAUACAUUUAAUACGCAUAGACUACUUUAGUGUUGGUAUAUUAUUGACUGUGCAGAUUUAUGAAUUGAAAAGAGGGUAUCUUGAGUUUACAUCACCUAAAUAAUUGAGCUAAUUGCGGGUGCUCUGAUUUUUUUUACAAUAUUGACUGCGGUCAUGACGGCCGCUAAAUAAUUUAAUAAAAUGUAUCCAUUUUAAUCGCCCGAUUAUUGACAAUUUUUAAUUUCAAAAUGAUUUUAUACAUACUAGAAUAUACGUGGGCGUAUAUAUCUAGUUUAAGUUUGCAAAUGAUCAUACGUUUUAUAUUGGUGACGCUCGUUGUGGCUUUAAUUUCGAGUCACAUAGUACAGAAAGUCAACUAUUUGAGAAAGCUUCCUCCUGGACCAUGGGGUUUGCCUAUAUUGGGUUGCCUACCUUGGAUGAGCCAAGGGGCGCCACAUUCCUGGUAUCUCUCGCUGGCGGCUCGCUAUGGUGAUUUAUUCUCCUUGAAACUUGGCUCAAACCUUGUAGUUUGCAUCGGAUCUCCGAAGAUACUGCGAGAUGUUUUUAACAGACUCGACUCCACUGGCCGUCCUCAUACGCCCCUUAACAAUCUACUUGGAGGUUUUGGAAUUAUCCUCAGCGAGGGUGAACUUUGGAAGCGUCAACGACAAUUUCUUCAUGAAAAAUUCCGUGCCCUCGGAGUCAAACUAUGGACAAACCAGCGCUUCGAAAAAUUUAUAAUUGCAGAAAUAGAAGAGUUUUUGACUCAGCUGGAAUACCGAAAAGGUCAAGCUUUAGACCCCGUUCUUGUGUUCGGUAGACACAUGCACAAUAUCAUAUGCCAAUUGAUGAUGAGUUUUCGCUUCGAGGAAAAUGACCCUAACUUCGAGUUUUUUAACGAGAGAAUUUCGAGAGGAAUGAAGUUGUAUGGAUCUGUGCAUAUAGGAGAACAUUUGUCUCACUAUAUGAAAUUGCCCGGCAAAAAGGCUGUUUUGAAAGAAAUUCAAGCAAAUUUGAAUGACAUCUGCAAUUUUCACGAGCAACACCUUAAGAAGAGAGAAGAGAAAUACUUGAAUAAGAGAAUCGGACACUACGAACCCGAAGAUCUAUUGGAUUUUUACGUUGUACAAAUCCAGAAGGAGAAGGACAAUGACUUACUACCGUCAAUCUUCAAAGAUAAUUGCAAAGUGCAGCAAGUGGUCCAAGUAAUGAACGACCUGUUUUCUGCGGGCAUGGAGACAUCAAGAACUGCUAUCGUGUGGAUCCUCAUCAUUAUGCUGAAAGAACCGGAGAUUGCAGCAAAAGUGCGGUCUGAUCUAGCUGAUGUGGUGGGAGUUGGGAAUCUGGUGACCUUGGAAGACCGUUUGGCGUUACCGUACUUGGAAGCUGUCAUUUUUGAAACUCUCCGUAGAGUGUCUGUAGUACCGCUUGGAACAUCUCACGUAAACCUCAGGAAAUGGGAAAUCAACGGUUACAUGAUUCCAGCUGGCUCCAUCAUCGUACCUCUGAUUAAUAAAAUGAAUAUGGACCCGGAGCUGUUUCCUGAACCAGAAAAAUUCAUACCGGAGCGAUUCCUCAAGAAUGGAAAGGUUUUUAUACCCGAUUAUUUUAUGCCGUUUGGAGUUGGCCGUCGAGUUUGUCUUGGAGAGCAACUUGCUAGAAUGGAGCUCUUUCUGUUUUUCGCAAAUUUGAUGAACCAUUAUGAGAUUGCGAUGCCAGAAGGGGAAGCUAUUCCUGAUCUUGAGGGAACCUUCGGCACUACCCAUGCGCCACUCCCAUACAAGCUCGUGUUUAGGAAGUUGGUUACUUGAAUCAGGGUGCCGCUUAAUGCAUGAGUCUCCUCCUUUGGGCAGUUCUCGAUCUGUUGAAUGUGGUCUUUUUACUUUUUCUAUGUAGCAUAUUCUCUGGUGUUGCCUUAAUAUGAUCAUCGGAUUAUGUAAACGAAUGCUAAUGUAUAUUCAAGCCCAAAAUAUGUUUUUGCUUUCAAAUACUCAGUGAAUAAGUUACAUAUAUACAGUGAAGUUCCAAGUGACCAAUAAUUUACGUCCCAAUGAUUUAUGUAUGUUUGGCAAAUGCAUUAAGCAGCAAUUUAAAUCUUCCAUUUUUCUAUUUCCUUUUAGUUAAUUAGGAUAAGUUUUUAGAGCCAACGAGGCCUGACUUUUUUAUCAAUUUUUUGACAUUUUUUUCUUAUUUUGAUGUAUUAGAUAAUUAAUAAUUUGACAUUUUUUAAUUUUUAUUUCAUUUCUUUAGUUUUAGUUAUAGUGCCCUCUAAAGGCAUAUUUUUUAUAAUUUUCAUUGUGACUUUUUAUUUUCAAUUGAUUUAGUAUAAGCAUGACCAUCUCAAAAUAAUGAUGGUGAGUGCGUGCAUAGUUGACAAAAAUUUAAUUAAAUAUUUGCAGUGUUGUGACUUUCGAUUAAUAUUCAACAAAAUGUAUUAGUACCUAAUUCAAUGUACACCUUAUAUACUCAGUUGUUUACAAGAUUGAUUAUUUUUAAUAUCAACGCCUAAUAUCGCAAUGCCGUCCGUCACAUUCAAGACGCACUCUUAGAUAUUAAGAUUCUUAGAUAUUAAGAUUUCCGUCCGGUCAAUGUUUCGUGGUUGCAUAAAUUCCCAUAGUAUUAAAAUUGUUAUUCAGAGUAGGAUAGGAUAUUUUAAAUUGUGAAAAGUGCCAAUCGAUCUGGGUCUGAAAAAGAAUUAUUCAAGCUUCAAAUUCUCAAAUUGUGUUUGUCUCCUUUUUCAGCCAAAUAGUUUUAUCGUAAAGAUAGUUCAGAUAAAUAAUAUGUCGAGUAAAAUUAACAUUUUUAAAAAUAACAUUUGAAAGUUUGUUCGAUUGUUUGAUCUAUAAAAUGUAUUUAAGUAAAAUGCAUAUAUUCUACACUGCAGAUGUAUAUGUUUUUAUAUUA